ACUAGUGGAUGUCAUGCAGAAUCACAGUGACUUGAGCUCUGACAGCUGGUCCACAGCGGAUGUCAUGCAGAAUCACAGUGGCUUGAGCUCCGACAGCUGGUCCACAGCUAACCUGGUCACCAGUGGUCUGAUGGGUCUCUGCUUCGUGGUUGGAGUUCCCGGUAAUAUUGCAGUCAUUCUUUUUAUAGUUUUCCAUAUGAAAAAAAAUAAUUUCACUGUUCAUCUGAUGCUGAACCUGGCAGCUGCAGACAUCUUGUGUUUGAUUACCCUGCCUGGGUGGAUCUACAGUCAGCUAAUGGACUUUGAUAAAACAGCCUGUAAGCUCUUCACAACACUGGUCUACUGGAGUAUGUACUCAAGUCUGAUGACCGUAACUGUGCUCAGCGUGUAUCGCUGUUUGCGGAUUCGUCGUCCACAGAUGUUGUCCAGAAUGACCAAGAGAAAAGAACAAGUGCUGCUGCUCACCAUCUGGAUUCUGGCAUUGGUUUUUUCUUGUCCCGGUGUUUUUACACAGGAGAUCAUUCCAUAUGAAUCCAAAAUGGAGUGCGAAAGAAACCUGGAUACAAAAACGAAGCUUAUUUUUGCCACGCUGGAGUCACUGUUUGGAUUUUUUCUACCUCUAACAAUCAUGGUGACUUCAUAUUGUUGCUUACAUAAGAUGGCCACACAAGGAUCGUUUAAACACAGUCGGCGAUUGACCAAACUGGUGACUCGUAUUGUCAUAGUGUUCUUCAUUUUUUGGGCUCCGCACCACUUAAUUAAACUAGAGGAAAUAUUUGCUAAAUUUUCAGGAUCGGACCCAUUUUUGUCUCCCAUUGCUGAAAUUGUUGGGUGCCUUACGUUGAUCAACAGCUGCGUGAAUCCAUUCAUCUAUGCUUUUUCCUCAAAGAGUUUAAAACAAAAGAAAGAGCACAUUGGAAACGAAGGAUCGCAACAUCUGAAUCAUAUAGCUGUGAACAACACAUCUGUACAGACUGACACUUGAAUAUGGACCGAAUAAUUAUGCAAUAAAAUAGUUAAUUUGCAUAGUUAACUGGACAAUGAAAUGUUUUUAAUACAUUUUCAGUAGUGAUGCUUAAAUGGACAAUUCAUCCAAAAUGGCAAAUUUGCCAAAUACAGUAUACUUGACAUAUCAGUAGAUAAGUAGUCAACAGCUACCGGUGCCUAUAGAUCCAAAAAAUGGGAAAAAAGUUUGAUGACAUUGGUGGAUUUAAUGCAGUACUCAUCCCAGUGUUAAUGGUGUUUUUAGGUACUGGGGAAGGAGUGAUGGCAUUAGCAUUUAGUACUUUUGACGUGAAUCUACAGUUUAAAUGACAGUACAGUAUAACAAUAAUGUGUGCAAUAAUGCUGUAAAUAUUCUAAUUUUAAUAUCAGCUAUACUGUCUCAAGUACAGAAACAUUAGCUGGGAACUGAUCAGCUUGUUCCUGUGUGCUUCCUCAUCACAUGAUGUAUUCUUCACAAGAUUAUGACUAAUACAGUUGUUUUAUUAUUGAAUAA